UUCACACUGAUCGCUUAUACACACCCCCGGUGCCGAGAGGGGGGAGAAUUGCACAUUUCACUCAGUCCCAGAGCAUUUGAUCGACCUUUUGCUUUGUUUCAGUAUCUCAGGCGUGCCGACCGACGGGGGGACAACCACGUUUCAAUAUGGGAGCCUUCUCAGUCAUCGCGUCGCCGAUCUCCAGUCUCCUCGGGGCCUACGUCCUCUACCUCGUGGGAUUGGUUAUCUAUCGCCUCUACUUUCACCCUCUCGCCAAGUUCCCCGGUCCCAAAUACGCCGCCAUCAGCAGGUGGCAUGAGUUCUACUAUGAGGUUGUCAAGCAGGGACAGUUCACCUUCAAGGUCCAAGAACUCCACAAGCAAUAUGGUCCCAUCGUCCGGAUCGUUCCCGACGAGAUACACAUCCAAGACUCGGAAUUCUACGACACCCUAUACACCAAAGCUGGGCGCGUGGACAAGUAUGACUGGAUGGCUGGUCGAUUCGGUUGUGAUACGUCUGUCUUCACCACCGGGCCCGACGAAGUCCAUCGAGUCCGCCGGGGUGCGCUGAAUCCAUUCUUCUCGCGGGCACGUAUCCUUGACCUGCAGGACAUCAUCAGACAGAAAUUGGACGUCUUGUUAGCUCGAAUCCGUGAAUUCCAAAAGGAUGGCAGAGUUUUGCGACUGAAUCGGGCUUUCAUGGCCUUCACCGGCGAUGUAGUGAUGGAAUACUGCUUCUCCCAUAGCUACGACCACGUCAAAGGCGAGAACUUCGACGAGACCAUGCACGAACCCUUUAUGGCUGCAAGCAUCAGUGGACAUCUCUCGUUGCAAAUGCCCUGGGUUCCGAAGAUUCUCAACAUGCUUCCAGAAUCAAUGCUGAUCAAAAUCGAGCCCCUGUACGCUCUUGUGUUCCGAAUGCAAGCAGACUUGCGUCGACAGAUCCUUGCUCUCAAAGCAGGCGAUCUGAAAAAUGCGGACAAGGGAUCGACACAUCCGACUGUCUUUCAGGAACUCAUCGCAGGUCCAAUGCCUGCCUCUGAACAGGAAACUCGCCGCCUUCAAGAUGAGGCACAACUUGUAGUGGCUGCCGGUGUCACCACCACGGGUUGGGCCCUCUCGACCGCGGCAUUCCACCUGAUCAACAAUCCACCUGUCCUGGCACAAUUGCGCAAGGAGCUCGAAGCCGCCAUCCCCGACCCCUCCUCCCCCUUGUCCUGGACCGAGCUCGAGAGAUUACCCUUUCUCACAGGUUGCGUCCGGGAGGCAGUACGCAUGUCAUACGCAGUUACGACACGGAAUCCGCGGCUUUUCUCCAGACCUAUGGUAUACAAGAAUUGGGAGAUUCCACCACGCACGCCUAUCUCAAUGACCAUCGUAGAUGUAUGCGACGAUGAGGCGAUCUUUCCAAACCCCAGAAAGUUCCAGCCAGAGCGAUGGAUGAAUGCACCCAAGACAAAGGACGGAAGCAGUCUUGAGAGGUAUUUCGUAGGAUUCGGCAAGGGGACACGAUCUUGCCUAGGAAUUAACCUGGCCCAUGCCGAACUUUACAUGGCCCUUGCUGGGGUCUUCCGCAAUUUCAACUUUGAACUUUACGAGACCGACUCCUCUGACGUUGAGCUGGCUCAUGAUUUCUUUCUGCCGAGUCCGAAGUUGGACAGCAAGGGAGUCAGAGUCAAAGUUUUGGAUGCUUAGGAUUGCAUUUUGAUGUUUUGGGAGAGUGAAAAGGACUCUGGCUCUGUGAUGAAUAUGCCAUAGCAGAGGUCGGGAUGAGAGACGUCCGGAUUACCCGUGAGGACGCGGACUUCGUUGUUGUAGCAUGGUAAUCUGUGUUGAUAGG